AUGAGGAACAGGGUGUCCCUGGUGGUGAAUGUAGCCAGUGAAUGUGGCUUCACUGAUGAACACUACAAAGACCUGCAGCAGCUCCAGCGGGACUUCGGCCCGUAUCACUUCAAUGUGCUGGCCUUCCCCUGCAACCAGUUUGGGCAGCAGGAGCCCGGCAGCGACAAGGAGAUUGACAGCUUUGUGCGCAGAGUAUACCAAGUCUCCUUCCCUCUGUUCAGUAAAAUCGCUGUUGUCGGAACUGGAACCAACAAUGUCUACAAGUACCUUGUUGAGUCUUCUGGAAAGGAGCCUGACUGGAAUUUCUGGAAGUAUCUAAUUGAUGUAAAUGGCAAAGUGGUGGACGCAUGGGGACCAAAAGUUUCGGUCAAAGAAAUCCGACCCAAAAUAGCUGAAAUGGUGCGGCAGAUAAUCCUAAAGAAGAAAGAAGAGCUUUAACCCUCCUAAGACUCUUUACUACGCAGUUUUCUGUAGUAUAUUUACAUUUAUCGGUACCUGAACCAAAGAGAUAAACUGAACACGUGUGUUUUGCUUGUACAACUGACCAUGUAAGAAAAAAUCAUUCAAUUCAAGUCACAUAAUGAAAGCUGUGUUGUACAUGCUAACUGAAGGCACUGAUGAAACAGUUCAAUUUCAGAUUUUAUAUCAGGUGUAAGCCAUUUGAAAAGUCAUGCUGAUUAUGUGUUUGGUUUUUUAUUCUUUUUGAUUUGUGGAAUAAACCAUUACUGUAAUGAGA